AUGGCCGCGCCGCAGCCACUGCGUGUGUUGUGCUUGGCGGGUUUCCGGCAGAGCGAGCGGGGCUUCCGCGAGAAGACGGGAGCGCUGAGGAAGGCGCUGCGGGGCCGCGCCGAGCUCGUGUGCCUCAGCGGCCCGCACCCGGUGGUGGACGCAGCGGGCGCCGGGCCGGAGUCCGGGUCCUGCCCUCCAGAGGAGCAGCCUCGAGGCUGGUGGUUUUCAGAACAGGAGGCAGACGUUUUCUCCGCCCUGGAAGAGCCUACAGUGUGCAGAGGUCUGGAAGAAGCUCUGGGAACGGUGGCUCAGGCACUGAACAAGCAGGGGCCUUUUGAUGGGCUCCUUGGGUUCAGCCAGGGGGCUGCGCUGGCAGCCCUUGUGUGUGCCCUUGGCCAAGCAGGUGACCCCCGUUUCCCCUUGCCGAGGUUUAUCAUCUUGGUAUCGGGGUUCUGUCCUCGGGGCCUUGGCCUCCAGGAAUCCAUCCUGCAGGGGCCCUUGUCGCUGCCUUCACUCCAUGUUUUUGGGGACACUGACCGUGUCAUCCCCUCUCAGGAGAGUAUGCAACUGGCUAGCAGAUUCACUGGAUUCAUCACUCUCACCCACUCUGGUGGCCACUUCAUUCCAGCAGCUGCACCACAGCGCCAGGCCUACCUCAAGUUCUUGGACCAGUUUGUGAAAGAUCAAAUGAAAGAGUGA